UCCGCCUGUGCGCGGAGCCCCUGACCCGCCCCCGGGCAGCAGCAGGGCCGGAGCGGACCGAGGGGACCGAGCGGACCCUGCCGCCGCCGGCCGGGCGCGCCGCUGUCCCGCCGCCCGCAGCCGUCGGGCGCGUCUCCGCCGAGGGACAAGGACCUCGCCCCCAAGGACCUCCGGAGAGGCGGGAUCUCCCCGGGAAGGGGAAGCAGGAUUUUGUUGUGUGCCUUGAAGAUGAGGCAGGUAUUUGGAGUGGCGCUCCUCCUGGGGCUGAUGGCUCUCCCAGCGGCGCUGGGACAGAGAAGCUCGGAAAUCCAUAAAAAUAGCAGCCAAAGCUUUGCCAUCGUCUCUUUCAAAUGGGAUCACGUCAAGGAGCCGUAUAUCAUUGCACUAUGGAUACUUGUGGCCAGCUUGGCCAAAAUCGUUUUCCACUUGUCCCACAAAGUCACUCGAGUGGUUCCAGAAAGUGCUCUGCUGAUUGUCCUUGGUGUUUUCCUCGGUGGCAUUGUAUUGGCAGCAGAUCACAUUGCCUCCUUCUCCUUGACACCAACUGUAUUUUUCUUCUACUUGCUGCCCCCCAUUGUUUUGGAUGCUGGAUAUUUUAUGCCAAAUAGAUUGUUCUUUGGAAAUCUUGGCUCCAUCCUUUUGUAUGCUGUCAUUGGGACAGUCUGGAAUGCUGCCACAACUGGUUUAUCCCUCUACGGUGUCUAUCUGACAGGAAUAAUGGGUGAAUUGAAGUCUGGGCUGCUGGAUUUCCUCCUCUUUGGCAGCUUAAUUGCUGCUGUGGAUCCUGUAGCUGUUCUGGCAGUGUUUGAAGAAGUCCACGUCAAUGAAGUUCUAUUCAUCAUUGUUUUUGGAGAAUCACUUCUGAAUGAUGCUGUAACUGUGGUGCUGUACAAUGUGUUUGACUCUUUUGUUGGAAUAGGGGCAGAGAACGUGACGGGGAUUGAAUGUGUCAAAGGCAUAGUGUCAUUCUUUGUGGUCAGCCUCGGUGGGACGCUGGUUGGCAUUUUCUUUGCGUUCCUGCUCUCAUUGGUCAGCCGUUUCACCAAGCACGUGAGGAUCAUUGAACCUGGAUUUGUGUUUGUCAUUUCCUACCUCUCCUACCUCACAGCAGAGAUGCUUUCUCUUUCUGCCAUCUUAGCGAUAACCUUCUGUGGCAUUUGCUGUCAGAAAUAUGUCAAGGCUAACAUAUCUGAACAGUCUUCUACAACUGUAAGAUAUACUAUGAAAAUGCUAGCCAGUGGAGCAGAAACUAUUAUCUUCAUGUUCCUGGGUAUUUCAGCUGUGGAUCCAAACAUCUGGAAAUGGAAUACGGCUUUUAUUCUGCUGACUCUGCUCUUCAUCUCAGUAUACAGAGUUAUUGGUGUCAUUAUACAGACGUGGAUUCUUAACCGCUACAGAACUGUCCAGCUGGAGAUAAUAGACCAGGUGGUGAUGUCCUAUGGUGGACUACGAGGAGCAGUUGCUUUUGCUCUUGUUGCACUGCUGGAUAAGGAUAAAGUGAAAGAGAGAAACCUGUUUGUCAGCACAACUAUCAUUGUUGUGUUUUUUACUGUUAUAUUCCAGGGACUGACUAUCAAACCUUUGGUACAGUGGCUGAAAGUGAAGAAAACUGAACACAGAGACCCAAAACUGAAUGAGAAACUUCAUGGCAGAGCCUUUGAUCACAUUCUUUCUGCUAUAGAAGACAUUUCUGGACAAAUAGGACAUCAUUAUCUGAGAGACAAGUGGUCCAAUUUUGAUAGGAAAUUCCUCAGAAAAAUACUGAUGAGAAGGUCUGCUCAAAAAUCAAGAGACCAAAUCCUUAAUGUUUUCCAUGAGCUCAACCUGAAGGAUGCAAUUAGCUACGUGGCUGAGGGAGAACGUAGAGGUUCGCUGGCAUUUAUACGUUCUCCAAGUACAGACAACAUGGUAAAUGUGGAUUUCAGCACUCCCCUCCCAAGCACUGUGGAAAGCUCUGUCUCUUAUUUAUUGAGAGAAAAAGCUGGACCUGUCUGCCUUGACAUGCAAGCUUUAGAGCAGAGGAGGAAAAGUAUCCGGGACACAGAAGAUACCCUCGCUCAUCACACCCUACAACAAUACCUGUAUAAACCCAGGCAGGAGCACAAACACCUGUACAGUCGACAUGAGAUCAUGCACAGUGAAGAUGACAAACAAGACAAGGAGAUUUUCCAUAGGACAAUGAGGAAGCGCUUAGAAUCUUUCAAGAGUACCAAACUAGGAAUAAACCAUUCCAAGAAGCUCAAUAAAAUCCACAAACGAGACCGGGGCCAAAAAAGGAGAAAUAGCAGUGUCAUACCAAAUGGAAACAUUCCUUCAGAAAAUCCAGUACAAGAUUUUACUUUGAAGGAAAAAGAUUUGGAGUUUUCUGAGUCAGAAGAAAAUAAUGAUUACGAGACUUUGCAUCUAGGCAAAGGAGUUGAUUUCCUGGCUAAUGUGACGAAGCAAAAUUUCACAGAUACUCCUGCUGGAAUUGAUAACCCAGUAUUUUCAGCUGAUGAUGACCAAAGCGUCUACAUGAAGUUCUCCCCAUGGUUAUCUAGCGAAGACACUGUGGUGCCAUCACAAAGGGCCCGAGUGCAGAUCCCAUACUCUCCAGACAACUUCAGACGGCUCACUCCCAUCCGGCUCAGCAAUAAAUCAACAGAUUCCUUCCUGCUAGCAGAUGGCCCGGAGGAGCGACCCAGAUCUUUUCUCCCAGAAUCAACACAUAUGUGAUAUGGACCAUGACGUUGAAAUGACGGAAUACUCCUCUUCAGAUGAUCAACUAAACCAAAAUGGAAGUGUUUCAGUGAAUCCCCUCCACUUCUUCCCCUCUUGUCUUCAAAUGCCUUGGACACAAAACUAUUCUUCAUUGGAGAACAGAGGGAAUAUAUCUCUUUCUGCUGUCUCUGAGUACAUUGCUUCAUGUGACCCAAAUGUACCCGAUCUCUUCUGGGAAUCGGGUACAGAUAUGAAUAACAAAGAGACAGUAAACUCAGGUUAUUGUUCUGAAGUUAGCUUUAAGUCAGAGAAUUCACAAGAUGAGAAUACUCUGCUUAUGUUCGAAGGGCUGGAAGACUCUUACAUGAAGGAGCCUCAAGAGAAGAAAAUGUUGCUUGAUGUAGAAGCAAAUUACAGGUCUGCUGCAGCCAGACGUGUACAAAGCCGACGUUCUUUCCACAGGCCAAAACCUCUGCAUCACCCUAAGCUUCAGAAGCUGGCAUCUCUUCCAGCAUCUUGCCAUGUCCCUCCUCAUUCCUUGGAACAGGAGGAAACACAGUUGUGAGCCAGGACUUAAUUGAAAGAAGAAGAUGAACAAAGGGCUUUUAUAAAAAUAGAGAGCAACCUCUUGGUUCAUAGGAUCUGCUCUAGGAUGGAUUCAGAUGGAAAGGGACGGGGGUCCUGUGAUCUCAGAAACACUGGAGCUUUUCUGCUGCACUUACAUUUUUAAGUUCUUAUUCAUAAUGAAAGGGUGCAUAGUGAGAGGGAACUAUGACUCCUUGUUAUUUUUUCAUGUAGACUGUUACAAAUAAUCUAUUAUUUUUGGAGGGCUAAACCAUAAAUCUUUUCAAAUGGUAAAUGCUUGGUGUUUCUUUACAUGGAGAUGGUUUAUUAUGCCAUUAUGCCAUAAAUACAUUUAAAGGAAUAGGCUGCAUUUGCUGCUUCAGUAAUGGAAUUAAGUAGUUAUGCUAUAUGAAAUUAAAGUAGGAGAAGCCAGUGGUUAGCCUCUUUCCUUGUAAGUCUACUCUGAUUGAAAUGGAUCAGUGCCUUUUGCAAGUGCAAGCUAAAAAAAAAUAUUUUCCUGCUGUUGAAUAUUUGUGUCACUGAAUAAUUGUGGAAUAUUGUAAAACUUCCCAGGGAGAGGAAAGUCCUGGCAUCUUGAAAUUUAAUCAAGUACUCCAGGAGGGCCACUUCCUUCCUUCACCUUCACUCCCUCAACUUAGUAGCACCGGAAUGAAAGAACAUCCAGAAUUAUCUCAGAAUUUUAAUUUGCGUGGUCGCAAGCAAUUAAUUUCAUACUCUUAAUUAAGCUGCUCUAUUUUAAAAUAGCCUCACUCAGACAGAAGUGUAAAUAUUUGUCAUUUUUACUGCUGCUUUGGAAGACACCUUCCAAACACUGUUAGAUUAUCCGGUUAAUUUAUGUAUCAUUUUCAAUAGGUGAUCAGGAUAGUGGUCUCUCAGAUGGUGUUCUGCAUUUUGCCACAUGGUUUAAGUGCCACAAAGACUCAGGAUGUUGAUGGUUCAAAAUAUUGUACAGAGGCAGUUGGCUACUGUGCAUGUAUAUACUUACUUGUUUCAGGAAUGUCCUUUUUGUUUUUCUGUGGUUUUCUGUCAAAUGAUAGUUAUGACUGCACUAGACACUUACUGCAUAUGGAUUAGAUCUACAUCACCUUGAAGACAGCUGGAGACACCAGAUGAAAGCCAGAUGAAGAACAGUGAAAGUUCAGAUAAGAACAAAAUAAAAGUGAAAACACCGAGGUCUCUCACAGAUGUAUAAUACUACAUGCCUGUGUAUGUAAUCCUCUGGCCAUUUAGCCUUGGAUUAUUCCAGUCCUGAAAUUUUGGCUUGAAACCUUCAAUGGUAUAAACUGAAAAGGUUCUAUCACAUUAAUAGAGGGAGAGUGCUUUGCCACUAAUCCUAAUGUGUUCCUAUUUGAUAUCAGUGUAAACCACUUGUAAAUGAGCUGUCACCUUCAGGGAGGUAUCCAAAUUGUUUAAGACUGGAUUCUGGACAGUGGCUUUAUGUGGUAAAUUUAACUCUAUCUGUAGGAAUUAAUGAUUGUUUCACUCUACCUACCCAGGUUUUGAGUGGGCUUGAGAUGAUUCUGUGUCAGAUAUCAAAAUAUCCAAGAAGAGUGGAGCAAUGUCCGAAAACUCAUGCCCACAUCUUUUUUCUAUCUUUGUCCUGGAUGCUAAAACUGUAUGUUAGGCUGGUGCAAAUUGCAGAGAUGUGAUGGCAAAUACCAUAUACAAACCUACACAGAUACAAAACCUACACCUCUAGAGACUAGAUUCAGAGAAGAGGCUUUUCUGGUUAUCAACCCACAAGCAGCUGCCUGUUUGGCUUUCAUAUUGGGCAAUGAUUCAAAUCAGUGUCUGUAACUGGAAAGCUUCAUCACCCAGAGCUAGUCUUGUUAAAAUUCAAUAAUGUAAAUACAAUUUUUGUGAAACCAAGUACAUGUGAACAUACUAUUUUGAUCAAGUUGAGCAUAUUAAUGCUGUUCUAGAUAUUGUAACUGGAAAAAGUAUUUUAGUAAUUGGCAUAGAUAUGUAACAGGACCAUGACUGACCCCAAAUGUCAGUACAGGUAAAGUGAAAUGUGCCAAAAUCUAUCCUUCUGCCUCAUAGCAUGAUGAUGAAGUACCAACACCAAAAUUGGCAAGAUGCUCAUCAGGUGUUGGCUUUGAAAUAAAGCUUUCAUUUCUUAUUGGUGUCGUACAAAGGUCAUUGCUGUGCUGCAGUCAGAAAGAGAACCACACUGUGAACUGCUUUCUGCAUGCUUGUUAGACCGUUACCAAUCUGUUUUUGUACAGGCUACCUCAAGGAAACAUUUGUGAAUUGUCAUCAGCAGAUGGGAGUUUUCACCACAUAGAUGUUGCACAAGCAAGAGUAUGCAAUUUUGAAAAUCACAGGAUAUGUUUUUAUUGUUGUUGUAAGCUUUUAGGCUAAAGAAAAGAGGAUCCAUAGACAUCACCAUAUUUACAAACACAGCAGUCUCUGUGAAAAGUCAGCAGGACCCAGUAUGUUUUUGACAGGGCUGUAGUAUUCUGAAACAGAGAGGAACAUCACACCAUUUCAAAGAACAGGACUGGAAAGACACUAUAUACAAAGGGCUUACCUCUGUGUUUCAAAGGCCUUAGGCAUUUUCUGUGUUGCAUCACUACAGCUAAACAAAUGAAAGAUAAAAUGGGCCAUUCUGAUAGCAAAGAGACCUCUUCAUGGAAUAUCUUGCAUAAUUCCUGAAGCUCUUAUGCCCCGGAAGAGGUUUUCUAGUAGAACUGAUUCUACAGCAAGGUUUUGUUUGUUGUAAUUUCUCAGUUUGAAAUGUGAUGAGAAAACUUUCAUGUCCCUAGUUUCCACAUUUGAAAAUGCACUCAUGGCUAUAAAAUAGUGUAUUAUAGUUUCUUUUUUUAUUGAGUGCAAUUAAUAAAUAGACACUCCUAGUGUCUACCAGGGUAAAUACAAAAAAAGCAGGUUAUAACAGCUGAUCAUUUGUUGUACUAUUUUGCAUUUUCUUUCAUUGUACAUUCACAUUUCCUGUGGCGUGUGUACCUGUGGGUGAAAGUGUUGGGUUACUUCUUCAGCACGCUUUAAUCAGCCAAGCACCAGUAACUUCUAUCACAGCAAUAUAAAUUCAGAGCUGCUGAGGGUAUGGCUGUAAGUAUCAGCCUUUUUUUUGCCCUUGUUUAUUAGAUUGGAAUGAUCAGUUGAAAACCCAUUCACCUCUGGUGAAGCCAGUUCAUUCUUACUUCCCUUAAAACUCUGUCUCUAAAUUUUUUUUUUUUGUGACAUGCUCUGUCAGAUAAAGGAAAGCUGGGCAUUCCA